UGAAAACACUUCCAAAUACGGCAUGACGGCUUUUGGAUGAUAGCGUGGCAAACUCAAAUUUUUUAAUUCGAAAUUGGCUUAAUGCGAUGCUCUGUCUCUGCUCCAAUUUUCAUGGAAUGCUCGAUUGGGUAUUCCCCAAUGUUCAAUCCACCCACUUCUCAUUUACUCUUCAUGCCCAUCUCCCAAGUUCAAAUCUUUCCUCCAAAUUCUGCCACCCCGCAACCACUUCAACUCAUGAAAGGCCAUGGACGAUGCCCCAAAGAGUUUCUAGUGGUAGAACGCAUGGCUCAGUGCCUCAAAGGGGGAACAUUGAGGAGGAACCUGUGUUAUUGAAGGUGAAUAGCAGGCACAUGCUUAAACAUUAUUCUUCCUUGUUGGGUGAUUGUACUUUGAGAGAGGCUUUGAAUGACGGCAAGGCCAUUCAUGGACACCAGUUAAAAAAUGGGGUUGAGCCAGAUUCUCAUUUUUGGGCUUCGCUGAUUAAUUUUUAUGCAAAAUGUGGCUACCCCUCUUAUGGACGCCGGGUGCUUGAUGAAGUGCCUGAACAAGAUGUUGUCUCCUGGACUGCGUUGAUUCAAGGUCUUGUGGCUCAGGGUGAUGGCCGGGAAGGCAUUCAUUUGUUUUGUGAGAUGAGAAAGGCGGGGAUAAGGCCGAAUGAAUUCACAGUGGCUACUUGUUUGAAAGCUUGUUCUAUGUGCUUAGAUGUGAGUUUAGGGAAACAGGUUCAGGCAGAGGCGGUUAAGGUUGGUUUGUUAUCUGACGUCUUUGUUGGGUCUGCACUGGUUAAUCUGUAUGCUAAAUGUGGGGAAAUGGACCUCGCUUGUAAGGUGUUCUUUGACAUGCCCGAGCAGAAUGAAGUGUUGUGGAAUGUUUUGAUUAAUGGGCAUGCUCAACUGGGUGAUGGAAAAGCAGUCUUUAGAUUGUUUUGCCAAAUGUUAAAAUCAGAAAUACAGUUCAGUAAAUUUACCUUGUCCAGUGUCCUCAAGGGAUGUGCAAAGUCGGGGGAUUUAAGGGAUGGCCGCCUAGUGCAUUGUUUGGCAAUCAAAAGUGGUUGUGAAUUAGAUAAGUUCUUGGUUUCCAGUCUUAUAGAGCUGUACUCCAAGUGUGAUUUGGUAGGUGAUGCACUCAAACUUUUUUUUAGGAUCACGCAUCAUGAUGUAGUUUCCUGGAGUACAAUGAUUGCUUGCCUUGAUCAGCAAGGGCAUAGCCAAGAAGCAGCAAAGCUAUUUUUCUUGAUGAGACAUACAGGUGUUGAACCAAACCAAUUUACCUUCACAAGUGUUGUUAGUACCGCCACUGAAUUGGGGGACUUGCAUUAUGGAAAAUGUAUCCAUGCCUGUAUUUUUAAAUAUGGGUUUGAAUCUAAUACCUCGGUAAGUAACGUACUUAUCAGGAUGUACAUGAAAUGUGGUUAUGUGCAUGAUGGUGCUCGUGUAUUUGAGGCGAUGACAGGACGAGAUCUUGUUUCUUGGAAUACUCUAUUGUCUGGAUUUCAUGAUUACGAUUCCUGUGAAAUGGGACCUAGGACUUUCUAUCAAAUGCUUGUGGAAGGUUUCAGGCCCAAUAUGUAUACAUUUAUCAGUGUUUUGAGGUCUUGUUCUAGCCUCUUGGACAUAGAUUUUGGGAGGCAAGUUCAUGCUCAAGUUUUGAAAAAUAAUCUUGAUGGCAAUGACUAUGUUGGGACAGCCCUUGUGGACAUGUAUGCCAAAUGUAGGUGUAUGGAAGAAUCAUUUGUAGCUUUUUCUGGUUUGGUCAGUCAAGAUGUCUUUACAUGGACAGUAAUGAUAACCGGUCAUACCCAAACUGACCAAGCAGAGAAGGCCAUUGAAUUCUUCAAUUUAAUGCGGCAAGAAGGAAUAAAGCCCAACGAAUUCACUGUUGCUGGCUGUUUAGGUGGUUGUUCCCAAAUAACUGCAACUGAGAGUGGAAUGCAGCUUCACUCGAUGGCAAUUAAGAGUGGACUUCUGCCUGAUAUAUAUGUAUCCAGUGCACUCGUUGAUAUGUAUGCAAAAUGUGGUUGCAUAGAAGAUGCUGAGGCUAUUUUCAAGGGGAUGGUUAAACGUGAUACAGUCCUGUGGAAUACUAUGAUAUGUGGAUUCUCUCUGCAUGGCCAGGGUGAUAAGGCUCUAGAGACCUUUCAGGCAAUGAAAGAUGAGGGCACCUUACCAGACGAGGUUACUUUUAUAGGUGUCCUUUCUGCAUGUAGCCACAUGGGUCUAAUUGAAGAAGGGAAACAACACUUCAACACCAUGAGCAAUGUUUAUGGCAUAACUCCAAGAGGUGAGCAUUAUGCUUGUAUGGUUGACAUUCUCAGUCGUGCCGGAAGAUUUGGGGAGGUUGAAAGCUUUGUUGAAGAGAUGAAACUAACAUCCAAUGCCUUGAUCUGGGAGACUGUUUUGGGUGCAUGUGCAAAGCAUGGGAAUGUUAAAUUUGGUGAAAGGGCUGCUGAAGAGCUCUUUAAGCUUAAACAUGAGACAGAUUCAACAUACAUAUUACUUUCUAAUAUUUUUGCUAGCAAAGGUAGGUGGGAAGAUGUAAAAAAGGUAAGGGCCCUGAUGUCUAGCCAGGGUGUGAAAAAGGAACCUGGAUGUAGCUGGGUAGAAAUUAGCAAUAAAGUACAUGUCUUUGUGUCAGGUGGUGUACAUCCAAACAUCCAGGAAAUUCAUUUGAAACUGGAGGAGCUUGGUCAAAAACUUAGAUUGGUGGGUUAUGUCCCACAAAUUGAACAUGUGCUUCAUAAUGUUCCAGAAAAAGAGAAAAAAGGACAUCUUAAUCAUCAUAGUGAGAAGUUGGCUCUUGCUUUUGCCCUUAUAAGCAAAAGCCAUAUGAAAAGAAUCAAGAUUUUUAAAAACCUUCGCAUUUGUUGUGAUUGCCAUAAUUUUAUGAAGCUUGUCUCAGACAUCACAAAUCAAGAAAUAGUCCUUCGUGACAUUAAGCGGUACCACCAUUUCAAGGGUGGAUCUUGUUCCUGUCAGGACUAUUGGUGAUUUGGCUCUGCAAACAAGUCCACUAGACUAAUAUUCAAGUAGUUCCCUGCUUCGUAAAGAACUGUGUGGGCACUUCCAUUUCGUUUGUGUUGUUGAGGAGAGAUAUAUAACUCUGAGAAGAAUGAUCUUGUUCAUGGGGCCUGGACAUUUUGCUUGAUUAUGGAGCACUGGUAAUCUCCCUACUCAUACUUUAUAGAUAUAUAUAUAUUCCUAUGUACCUUGCGUAGAAAGCUUUCUGAUUACACCGUAAAUAGUUCACAGUGGUGUUUCACCUUGUUUAUUGCCAAUACACAAAAUGGGUUGACAAUAAAGUGAAUAAACAAGGUGAUAGACUUAAAUACGAAAAAGGGAAAAUUUUCAUCCAAAAGUGGCAAAUUUUCUUAAUACCACUAAUGUGUUGCGAUCACAAACGUAUGUAAUUAAUUUCACUUGAGUGUCCCUGGGGUCCAUAUUUUCUCAUAUGGAACAUUAAGUUAAAACUAUGGUGACAUAAUGAAAGCAAGAAAUUAUAGGCAACUCACUAAAUAAGUUCAAGAACUUGCGAACAAUCUUCAGGAUAACCGGUGAUUUCUCUGCAACCCCCUUGAGGACAAACAAAGAUACCUGCAGUUAAUCAAUUGAAUAAUUUCAGUUGAGGAGAGACAUUUACUUUAUGCAUUAUGUGAAAAAUUCCUAAGGCAAGGUACUUGCAUGAAGUUCCUAACAGACUUGGUUGACCAUAAUUGG